GCGAGGGCGCUUCCUGCGAGGGAAAGAUGGCGCGCGAGAGCGGGAGCGUGGCGGAGGUUUGGAACACGGCGGACAUUCCAUUCCCGGACUCUUCCUCCCUCAGCGUGGCGGCCGCCGACCCGGAUGUCUUCAUAACUGACCUUCAUUCUGCCUGUGAAAAUGCUAUUAGAGUAUUAACUGAUAAAUCCCUUACAGUGGAGGUUCUUGUCCUACGCUCAGUGAUUUAUACUUUCCAUAACAGGCUACAUCAGCACAAGUCUUACCUUGUCAUAAAGCAGGUUGAACAAUGUGUGAAUCGUCUUCACAAAAUGCAACUUAAACAUUCAAUUCAAAGCCUGAUCAACUCGUGUUCAAGAGCCAUCAGAAAGCGUAAGCUGGAAAGUAAUUGCUCAAAACAGAUUCCCAACCAAGCAGUCCUGGAGUGGAUGUCACUGAAAGUAUUGGGAGGUAGUAAGCUGAUACUGCGGCUGAUGGAUAUGUGCGCCAAAGCAUUUCUUUUAACCGGUCAAUUUCUUCGUUAUGGAAGAUACAUAGUCCUAAAUGUGAUUAUGACAGGAAUUCUCAGCAGACUCUGGGUCCUAUUUAAAAGAAUCCUAAUAUAUCUGGAUGUUUUAUAUGACCAACUAUUGGUGGCAGUAAAUGAAGUAUCUAAAAUUCAAUAUUUGCCUUUUGUGAAGGACUUUACCUUCCCUGUUAGCCUCAGGCAGUGGCUUGGUCUUUCCUCGAUCAAAGGAAUACAAAUUAAAAUGCCAAGCUUUUUCUCUAAGGUCACUGGAGUACCUUUGGGAAAGCCAAGUUUACUUGAUGAGUUGUUUUCAGAACCUGAGGCCUUAUUGUUGACAGAUGAUCAAAGUGUAUCAUUAGAUGAAAAUAAAAUGAAUUAUAACCACGUCCCUAAAAUCGCCAGUCAGUUUCUGGAUAUCGGCGUUCCUGUACAGGAUCAAAGACUCCGUAAAAUUGGAACUGACAGACGUUUUGGGUUUAAAGUGACAUUUCAGCAGGCUCAAAGGCACAACUUUGCUGCGAAAAAUCUGAAGUCUGAGGGAGAAUUUAGUUGCAGAAGAGCAAAGAAGAGUGAGCAGCCACUCAUUCCACUGACUGAGUUUUUGGAGAGGAUUACCGCAGCACAGACUUUAAGCGUACUGUGUCGGGAGCUUAAAACAAUAUUCCUUUGGUUCAGGAAAAGAAAACUGAAGCACAAAAGUUGCUAUUUAGGAAAUCAGUAUCUGAAAUGUCACAAAUUAAAAAUGGUGGAAUCCCUUGGCUACAGCUUUCCGAAGAAGAUCAAUUUCAUAAAAUCCUCUGUCUGCAAAUGUCUCAUCAAGAAGCCCCAGAGAACUUUUGAAUCAGACAAGGUAUUCAAAAAUCCUCUGAGGGGAAUGACCCUUCUCCGGAAGUAUAAGAUAAAACACAAGAGACGGCUAAAGUUGAGCAGAUUACAGUUAAGGAGACAGAAGUCUUUGCUGAGAGCGAAACACUCAAGAAUGAGGCUUAAUGCAAGGAACAGGAACAGAAAGUUGCAUACAAUACCACAUUUUGAUUGUGAUAGGCAAAUUUCUGGAAAGAGACAAGGAAUUAAAACAAAUGUGGCUGCUGAAUUUGUUGGAGACUUUGGUCAGGAUCAGAAACUGAAGAAUAUGCCAUACCCAUCAGACUCUCCAAAUGUGACAAAUGCAGAUGAUAUUGAUGAUAUUUUUGCAUCAAUUGGAGUAUAGUUUGUUUUGUAAAUUUAAA